CCUUAUCCGAUUUAUCUUCUUUUUCUCUCCAAGAUCAAGUCCGAACACACACACAGUGAAGAGAGCUGAAGAGCAAUGGCGAUUUCAAUGUCUUCUCUGACGUCUUCCUUCUCUUCUCUCUCAUUCUCCUCUCAGAUUUCCCAGAAACACCAUGCUCACUCCUUUCCCCAAUCGAAGCCUCUUUCGCUAUCGCAAACAGUCCGAACCCCUCCGCUCGCCGUCGUUGCCUCCGCCGUUGCGGCGCCGUCUCCGGUCGAUUUGGAGACGGAAAAUCUCACGAAAUACGUCAAGUCGAGACUUCCCGGUGGCUUCGCUGCCCAGACUAUCUUCGGCACCGGUCGCCGGAAAUGCGCCAUCGCGCGUGUUGUCCUCCAAGAAGGAACUGGAAAAGUCAUAAUCAACUACCGUGACGCCAAGGAAUAUCUUCAAGGAAAUCCAUUGUGGCUUCAGUAUGUCAAAGUUCCAUUGGUCACGUUGGGAUAUGAAAGCAGUUAUGACGUUUUUGUCAAGGCACAUGGUGGUGGCCUCUCUGGGCAGGCUCAAGCGAUCUCCCUUGGCAUUGCUCGUGCGCUGUUAAAGGUGAGUGAGGACCAUAGAAGACCUCUGAGGAAGGAAGGUCUUCUGACCAGGGACGCAAGAGUAGUGGAAAGGAAGAAAGUUGGUCUCAAGAAAGCCCGAAAAGCCCCACAAUUCUCCAAGCGUUGAGAUUAUAAUGUGAAAUCUAGAUGUUUGUUAAAUAUUAUAGGGUGUUUUUCUUGAGUUCCUCAAGAAUAACUGACUUUCCCAUUUUUUUGUGGAUCAUUAAGAUACAAUUUGCCAGUAACAAAAAUUUAGUCUCUGGAAAAAAGGAAGCAAAAUUAUCUGUAAA